GCCAUGAAACUGUUUAUUAUUUCUUUCUUUCAAACUCUUUGAAAACUCCUGUGUAACUCUUUCUUCUCUCAUGCAAUCUUCAAAAGCUUUACAACCCAUUUUGUUCACAACCCACUUCUCCACCAUGCUCAAGCUCCUCAACAAGAGAAUCAAGCGUCUCUGUUCCAGCCUCCGGUGGCCUGUUCGCCGCCGGUCCAAGUCUAUAAUCGUCAUCAAAAGGCUUCGGAAAUCAGACCCCAAGACUCGGACCGAUAAUGGAUCUUCCAAAGUUCACCAAGAUGGACAAAACUCGUCGAGGCCCAUACGUAUAGCGACUUUCAAUGCUUCCCUGUUUUCUAUGGCCCCCGCAAUUCCUAUAGCAGAUAAGUCUUCGAGUUUAGAUUAUGACAAUGGUGGUUCUCCGGAUGGUAGGCGCUCAAAGUCCACGAGUGAUGGACCAAAAAGUAUACUGAAGCAAUCUCCCCUGCAUCCCAUGAACGACAAGGAGAAUCUCUCCCGCCAGAAAAAAUAUGCGAAAUCCAGGCAAAGGGUGUCGAUCGAUUUACCGGACAACGAGAUAUCUUUGUUGCGGAAUCGGCAACUGAGCUUUGCAGAAGGACGUGAAAAGGAUGGUUCUUCAAGUAGAACUUGGAGAGGCAAAUCUCCGUUGAGAUCAGCAGUGAGUUUUUCUGAAGAUAUGGGAAAUAGGGUCGAUGGUUCCGAGAGUUUUAGAAGCCGAAAGACUGUGUUUGAAGUGUUGAGGGAGUUGGAUGCUGAUAUAUUAGCUCUACAAGAUGUGAAAGCAGAGGAAGAGAAAGCAAUGAAGCCAUUGUCCGAUUUAGCUGCUGCUUUGGGGAUGAACUAUGUGUUUGCCGAGAGCUGGGCGCCGGAAUACGGCAACGCCGUACUUUCCAAGUGGCCAAUCAAGCGAUGGAAAGUGCAGAAGAUCUUUGAUGAUACAGAUUUCAGGAAUGUCCUAAAGGCGACCAUCGAUGUACCCGAGGCCGGAGAAGUAGACUUCCAUUGCACGCACCUUGAUCAUCUUGAUGAGAACUGGCGCAUGAAGCAGAUAAAUGCGAUAAUUCACUCGAGUGAUGGUCCACACAUUCUAGCCGGAGGCCUCAAUUCCUUGGAAGAAACCGAUUACUCAAAUGAAAGGUGGACGGAUAUUGUAAAGUACAAUGAGGAGAUGAGGAAGCCGAUACCAAAGGUUGAAGUGAUGAAGUUUCUGAAGAUCAAACAAUAUACCGAUGCUAAGGACUUUGCAGGGGAAUGUGAACCCGUGGUCGUGAUUGCCAAAGGCCAAAGUGUACAGGGAACGUGCAAGUACGGUACUAGGGUCGAUUACAUAUUGGCAUCACCGAAUUCGCCAUACAAGUUUUUUCCAGGGUCGUAUUCAGUCCUGUCAUCAAAAGGGACUUCAGAUCAUCACAUAGUAAAAGUCGAUAUGAUAAAAGUAAACGAUAAUGUUGAAGAAAAUGUCCAUAGAAAGCUACGGCAACCGAAACCGAAACAGAAAGUUAUAAAGAUUACAAACAGUUCAUCAAAAUGCAUGUGGAAAACACAUACUACAUGAUAUGAAAUUGACUUUCAUUUUUAUUCUUUUACCUUUUGUUAUCAACUCUAGGGAGCAGAUGAUUUUGAAUCUGCAUCCAACUGUGCGUUGUACCAUUGACAGCUUAAAACAGAAACUAAAGGGUGAUGUCUGGUAUGAAAUUUAUUUGUAUAGUUAUUGAAAAGAUAACUGAUAUAGUUUAAAGAACUCGGAUGCUUCUCCUUUGGUUUCCA